GCAGGAACAAUAAGCGGAGAGCGUCGCUCUGUCUGCUCCUCUCCGGAUCUCCUCCCCGGGUACCGGGACCAUGUCCUCCUCGGGUACCGGGACCAUGUCCUCCUCGGGUACCGGGACCAUGUCCUCCUCGUCGCGCAGACAGUCCUGUUACCUGUGCGACCUGCCCCGGAUGAGCUGGGCGGUGAUCUGGGACUUUACCGAACCGGUCUGCCGCGGAUGCGUCAACUACGAGGGCGCAGACCGGAUCGAGUUCGUGAUCGAGACGGCCCGACACCUGAAGCGGGCUCACGGGUUCCGAGAGGUCCAACCUCCUCCUGCUCCUCAGCAGCAGAAGAGCCAGCAGCACCAAGCGGACGGACCGGGGAGGUCUCAGCAGCCCGGUUUGGACCGAUACUCGCUCUCAGAUAGCCGGGCUCGGUUCGACUACCGGCUGCCCAACGGACUCGGACCCAACGGGUUUAAACCGGACGAAGGGCCGCCUGAGCUGAACCGCCAGAGCCCGAAUUCGAGAGCUCGCAGCCACGUUGGGCCGGUGCCGGUACCGGGAAAGAUACACGUACCGCCCAACCUGCUCCCUCAGACGCCGUCGAACGGUUCCGGAGGGAAGCGGCCCGCCGCGGUGUCCAGCUCGGACCAGGACCGGGAGCUGAAGGAGAAGCAGCGGAACGCGGAGGCUCUGUCCGAACUGAGCGACAGCCUGCGGAACCGGCAGGACGACUGGACCGGCAAACCGAAGCCGGUGCGGGACGCGCUGCUCUCCCUCACCGGCUGCGUCCCGUUCGAUGUCCGCUUCAAGAAGGACCACCAGCUGGUGGGUCGCGUGUUCGCCUUCGACGCGGUGUCCAAACCGGGUCUGGAGCACGAGCUGAAGAUCUUCAUCGAGUACCCGUCCGGUUCCGGUACCGUGUUCUCCAGCGCCUCCGGGGUCGCCAAGCAGAUGUACCAGGACUGCAUGAAGGAGUUCGGCCGAGGUCUGUCCUCCGGGUUCAAGUACCUGGAGUACGAGACGAAGCACGGUACCGGGGACUGGCGUCUGCUCGGGGACCUGCUGCCGGAGCCCCUGCGCUUCUUUAAGGAGGGGGUGGGGGGGGACAUGCUGCCGCAGCCGCACACCGACGGGAGCUGCCCGGUUCUACCGGGCCGGGUUCUGGCGUCCGGUAGCGGGGGCAGCAGGACCUGCGUGCGGAAGCGCAGGGCCUCACCGGAACCGGACUCGGUAGAGGGGGGGGGCGAGCAGCAGUGGAUCGGCAGCCAGACGGAAGCGCGCCGCCUCUCGUUCUCCGGUGACACCGGGAGCACCGGGAGCACCGGGCGCGUCUCCCCGCCGCAGAGCGCACAGUCCCCGAUGGCCGCGCUCCUGUCGGUCGCGGACGCGCUCGGGAGCGCGCACUCCCCCAACAAGGACCGCGAUUCGGUCCACUCCACCACGUCGUCCUCCAGACACACCAGCAGCGGCCCGGUGUCCCCGGCCUCCGUGUCCGGUCCGCGGCGCCUCUCGUCCCGCAGCGGCGACCCCCCGGGGGGCACGGAGCAGGUGCACGCGCAGGGCGUGCCCGACUCCCCCGCGGCCAACAGCGGGCCGCUGUGCUGCACGAUCUGCCUCGAGCGGCUGGAGGACACGCACUUCGUGCAGUGCCCGUCGGUCCCGAACCACAAGUUCUGCUUCCCGUGCUCACGCGAGAGCAUCAAGGCCCAGGGCGCGUGCGGGGAAGUGUACUGCCCCAGCGGGGACAAGUGCCCCCUGCUGGGCUCCAACGUGCCCUGGGCCUUCAUGCAGGGGGAGAUAGCCACCAUCCUGGGGGGGGAGGUGAAGGUGAAGAAGGAGCGGGACCCCUGAGGAGGAGGAGGAGGAGGACAUGACGUCAUCGUAUGUUGACAUUUGCUCCAGUGACGUGAUGGGGGGAGGGAUCACCUCCCGUUUGUUUAUUUGGCUUUUAUUUGACGUUUUUCUACAUACAUUUUUGUGAUUUGAAGAAAAAUAUGUCACGUAUAAUUUUGUUUUAUUUUCUUACUGAAAUAUCUCUGUUUUUAUAUUAUUUAUUAUUGAUUUAUAGGCUUAAAGAUGACAACAUCUUGUAAGUACCUUUGGAGCUCAGCCCGUUUAAUAAAUGACAUUGUUACCUUUUCACUGACGUGUGGCUCAUUUCUGGUUGCAUUCUGGGUAAAAGGAGUAGUCACAUGGAAACAUGGCCUUUUGUUUACUCACAUUGGAAGCACCAGUAGUUUUUUUUUGUUGCUGCAUUGCAGAUAUUUUUCAACAACAAGCACAAAUGUGUGUGUGUCGCACACAUUAGCAUUCACACUGUGAACAGCUGCACUGAGCCAAGGGCACUCUGUGUGUGUGUGUGUGUGUGUGUGUGUGUGUGUGUGUGUGUGUGUGUGUGUGUGUGUGUGUGUGUGUGUGUGUGUGUGUGUGUGUGUGUGUGUACACACACUGCAUCAGUGUGGUGGUUAACAAGGAGUACACAGAGACAACCAAAUGCAUUAAACCCUAAUCCACCCAGUGGGAGCAGGUGGGGGUUCAGUAUAUAUAUAUAAAUAUAUAUAUAUAUAUAGAACUGUUUUCAUCUUUUUCCAUCCUCCUCUACUUCUUUCUCCUCCUUGUCCUGUGGGAUGGUUUGGUUACCAUGGUGACCUCCUGGAUGACAGCAUUAUCUAUUGUUGAAUGUGUUAAUGAAACUAAAAGAGAAAAUGUGAAGAUGCAAAAUGAUUUUUUACUGAUAAAUAAAUGAUAUUACAUGAAGGUGCUUGGAGCCUGCAGGGGAAGAGGUCAGAGGUCACAUGUGUUGUUCCUCAUGCUGAUAGUGCUGACAUCGUCAUCUAUAAGCGUUUCUUUCUUCCUGAAAGCUGUUGACUCCUCCAAGAGAGGAGUAGGAAGUACGAGAGAGGAGAGGAGGAAGUGCCCAUCCCUCCCCCCUGUGAAUGGAAGCUACUCUCAUCCACAUCUCUGCUCUCUGUCGCCGUGGCAAACCACGUUGCCUAGUAACAGCAGCAGAGACGGAGAACGUCUGCAGCAGCUGUGUGAGAUUCUGAGCUCAGGUUAUAGUGGUGGCCAUUUUGUCUCCACACACACACACACACACAAGCUGUGUCUCAGUCUGCAUCCUUGUAGCCUCGCCUCCUUAAGGACGCAGCCUAGCCACUUGGAGACACAGCUCGUGUGUCCUCUGACUCCAGGGAGCAGAGUGUGUGAAUCAGGAGGAACAAUAGAGUACAUGAGGAGUUUUAAAUAAAGUGCACCAGCGAACAGUCACGGUGGAAAAUGGAUGUCAGUCAGUCAGGGGGGGCCCGGCUCUGUUGAUGAGCCCGGUCUUGGUCCUGAUGGA